AUGCGCGCCGCCGCGCCACUCUGUGCGUCCUCGCAUGGGCCCCUACGAGUUGCCGCGCUGUCGCUGCUGCCUGCCGUCGCCGACACGUGCCCUGCGUGGGGCAACCGCAGGGGCGGUGCGUGGGGCGGGUCUGCGCACGCGGCCGCCAUCUUGCGCGCCGCCGCGCCGCUGUGCGCGUCCUCGCACGGGCCACUACGAGCCGCCGCGCUCUCGUUACUGCCCAAACUGCUGCCUGCUGUCGCUGAUACACGCCCGGGGCUAGAAGCGAUCCUGGAGUGCCUGGAGUCGCGGCAGCCAGAAGUAGCGGCGAGCGCGCUGGACGCGCUGCCCGAGCUAGCGUGCGCCGCUCCCGAGCACGCGGGCUCGCUGCUGCGCCGAACGUUCGCGCUGGCGCUCGCCUCGCGCCUGCCCGCCGAAUCCGCGCUCGCCCGCACCGUGGCUGCGCUCAACACGCUGAGAGGGUGUUAGGCAGACUGACCGUUGUAACUGCUUCCACAACCACUCAUCAAACGUGGACUCCCCUCUGUAAACGCUGAGGCCUCGUAUUUCUUAAUUCUAUUUUCGUUCAGCGAAUAUAAACCCAAUAUCUGACCUUGCCAGUCAUCAUAAUAAAGCUUACUUUAAAGUAAGAUUGUGAAAUAACAACUGACUGAACUGAAAAUUAUUUUUAGGCAAAAUACUUACAUGCCAACAUUGUUUAAAGUAUUGCAUACAUGAUUGAUGAUGAUUGAAAAUUUAAUUUACAGGCUGGUGUAAAAGACUGGCUGUACCGAUUUGAUCCAGAACUAUAAUUUUAUUUGUACCUUUUAUGGUAGAAGGAAGAAAAUACUGUAAAUAUUUUUAGUUUUAAGACAUUACAGAAAUAAAAUGAUAUUUCAAUUCUAUACUUUUGAUUCAUUUUUGAGAACUAGUCAUUCUGGGACUACAAACAGGGAUAUAGAAACACAAUGAAUACAAGAGAUAACUGUAUUGUAAAAAAUAUUACAAUUUAUUACAUAUUUCAUCUUGUACUCAACAAGGUGUAAUUUGUGCACUUAGGUCGAUAGGUAAAUUGCUCAUAACAAUUUCCAAAUUUCACAUCUAUCAUUCAUAUUCAAAAUACAUUCAUUUUAAUACUAUCAAAGUAAUCUUUAGU